UCGUUUUGUUGGGUUCCAAUUCUAUUUUGACCAAUGUUGUGUUCUAUUCUAAUAACUAGGGUUAGGUCAGUGUCAUUGUUUAUUUGGUUCAUGAAACGCAGAGUGUAAGCUUCGAAAUCCUGAUCGAAGGCGUACCCAAUUUCUUCAACUUCUAAAGCAACUAAUUGGUAGAAACAAGUUUUCAACUUUUAAUUAAUUUCUACUUGGUUGAAGUAUUUGAAGACUUCCAUGAUGUUGGCUAGUCAUCCUGCAAAAAGAAUAUCGUUCAAUCGAACUAUUGGUGACGGCGACCUGGUUAUUGUUUAUGAGAGGCAUGACAAUAUGAAGGCUAUAACAGUGUCUGAGGGUUCAGUCUUGCAGAAUCGUUUCGGUGUUUUUAAACAUUCAGAUUGGAUUGGAAAGCCUUUUGGGUCUAAAGUAAUCAGCAGUAAGGGUGGUUUUGUUUACUUGUUAGCUCCCACACCAGAAUUAUGGACUCUAGUGUUAAGCCACAGGACUCAAAUUCUUUAUAUUGCUGAUAUUAGCUUUGUUAUCAUGUACUUGGAGAUUGAUCCCGGUUGUUUGGUUCUUGAAUCUGGAACUGGAAGUGGAUCUUUAACUACUUCACUUGCAAGGGCAGUUGCACCUAUAGGACAUGUCUAUACAUUUGAUUUCCAUGAACAAAGGGCUGCAUCAGCUAGGGAUGAUUUUGAGAGAACUGGUUUAAGCAGCUUAAUCAGUGUGGGAGUAAGAGACAUUCAGGGUGAAGGAUUUCCUGAUGAGUUUAUUGGCUUGGCUGACUCAGUAUUUUUGGAUUUACCUCAACCUUGGUUGGCAAUUCAUUCAGCUGCCAAAAUGCUUAAACAAGAUGGAACAUUGUGCUCAUUUUCUCCAUGUGUCGAACAAGUACAAAAAUCAUGUGAUGCACUUCAGUCUUGCUUCACAGAUAUAAGGACAUUUGAGGUACUCUUGCGCACAUAUGAAGUUCGAGAAGAGAAAAUGGAAAGCAUUCAUGGAGAUAGCAAUGGUUCUAAUGGUUCUCUUCCUUGCAAGAGAAGACAGUGUUCAGAUGGAAACUAUGUUCUCAGCAGUCAUACUUCUUCUGUCAUGGCUAGACCUUGUGGGGAAGCUCGAGGUCACACAGGCUAUUUGACAUUUGCAAGACUUAAAUGCUCUUCAUGACCAGGUGCUGCUACCAUGUUCUUCAUUUUUUGUAGCAGAGGAAACAAAUUGUAUUUGUUGUACCUCUUUUAAAUUUGAGCAUCAUCCAAGAAAUUGUUCUUCGUAGUAACCAUAGGUUUUGAAAGAAAUUUUUUGUAUGUCAUGUGUGCUUGGCUACAUGAUUAGUACUAAAGAGAUAAUUAUUUGCACAAAUUUGGUACGGAUUUAUACUUGACAUUCCACAAUUAACAUUAUUCAUUUUACAUGUAUUCUUACCGGCAAGGUGAUUGAUUUAUGUUAUUUGGAGUUUCUUGGCACUUAAUAAUUCA